AUGUUACUUUAGAAUAGGAUCUUUAACAAUUAAUUCUCUGUUUAGAGGAAAUUAUCUGCUGGCUCUUUUGGAAUUGUAUUCCUAGGGUUAGAUUAGAGUACUAAACAAGAAGUGGCUAUAAAAGUAGAAAGGGAAGAAAAUGAAGAUGUUCGAUCACUGGAUAGAGAAGUAUAAAUUUUCAAGCAUUUGGGUGGUAUAGAUGGCAUACCGAAAUUAAUUUGGUCAGGAGAAGAACAUGGUUAUAAUAUAUUAGUUAUGUAACUGUUGGGCAACGACUUGGCUUAUCAUUUUAAACAGUUGAAGCGCUUUACACUGAAGACUGCUUUAUUGAUAGCAAUACAAUUGAUUGAUGUGUUGGAAAAGCUGCAUUUCCAAGGUGUAAUUCAUAGAGAUCUGAAGCCGGAGAACAUACUCUUAGGUUCAGGCAAGGAUAAUGGUAAAAUUUAUCUGCUCGAUUUUGGAAUCAGUAAAAUAUACAGGGAUUGCAAUAACAAGCAUAUGUAAGCAUAGGAAUCAUAGUUAGUCCCUUUAGAGAACAUAGAUCAUUUUUGGGGACUACUCGGUAUGCAUCCAUUGCUGCUCAUCUUGGCCAUGAAUUAAGUAGGAAGGAUGAUUUGGAGUCAAUGAUGUACAUCAUCCUAUACUUUAUUAGAGGGUAAAUCUUACUUAAUAUCAAGAUAGCUGCCUUGGCAAAAUAUGUAAAAUGUUACUGACGAUGAACGAACGAAAAAGGUUGGUGAGAUGAAAAUACUCUUACAGUAGGAAAUAUUUAGAGAUUAGCCUAAAGAAUUUCAAAAGAUAUUUGAGUAUUCCAUUUACAAUUACAUUAGUUAUAUACGUAAAUUACAGUUUUAGAGUGAACCAAAUUACAAGAUGAUUACAUUUGAGUUAAAAAAAGCAGCUGAAUCUUUAAAAUUAAAUCUUGAUGGAUUCUAUGAUUGGAGUGAGAUUAGAUCUUCUACUCAUUAUGAUUCUUUGGUCCCUCAUAACAGCAUAGAAAUGAAGAAAUCCAUUGAGAAGUAAUUAUCAGGCAUUUUGAACCAAUAAAAGUAAACUAUGUCUAUUUAAAGUUUAGUUCUAAUCAAUUAUUGGCUCCACCUCCACAAUUCUCAAGUAGAAACAAUCUUAAUGGAAGAGAAGAGAAUAAAAAGCCCACAUUGGCUUCCUUUUAAGGUAGUAUACUUAAAUAUAUUAUUAGGGAGUCAACAGUGCCUUUCUGUAAAUCCAUUCUACUCAUCUUCUAGGAAAAAUUCAGAUAAUAAUUUGGACUUUGACACGGAUCUAAUCAGUUAUCAGGUUAAUGAAUAUCUGGGAGACAGAUGCUUGUGGCAAAAGUAUAGCAAACUCAAUUAGUUUCAUAAAAAGUAAUUCAUAAUUGUAUUUAGUUUUCGCUUGUUAUCAGGAUAUGAUUAAUGAAUUGCAG